AUGGGCUGUCACAAAAUAAUCUUACUUAGCAUCGGAAUUGCAGUUGGAGCGCUCUUGGUGAUAACUGGAGGUAUUCUGAUAGCUUAUGGAAAUGAGACUGUUCAUAAUACCAUAAAAAAGGAAGGUGUUAUUGAAGAAGGCACCCUUGCUUAUGAGAACUGGGUACAAACUGGGAGUCCGGUCUACAGGCAGUUCUGGCUCUUCGAUGUGAAAAAUCCAUCAGAAAUUAUGAAUUCUAGUGCUAAACCAGUGCUUGAGCAAAAAGGACCCUAUACCUACCGAGUGCGGUAUCUCCCGAAGAGCAAUGUUGAAGUAAAUGAUAAUUACACGGUUUCAUACCUCCAGCCCUAUUCAGCUAUCUUUGAGCCCAACAUGUCAGUGGGAUCAGAAAGAGACAAAUUGACAGCCCUCAACCUUGCUGCUGCGGCUGCACCAUCUCUUGUUCACCCAGCGUUGCACUUUAUGGUCAAUCGUAUCUUGAAAAAGUUAAAUGCCUCCCUGUUUCAGACCAGAACAGUGGAGGAGUUACUUUGGGGAUAUGAAGAUCCCAUACUGAAGCAAAUGCAAUCAAAAGACCCGAUUACUGGUAUAUUUUACCCGUAUAAUGGAACAGCAGAUGGAUACUAUAAUGUGUUCACUGGCAAAGAUGACAUUAGCAAAGUUGGCAUCAUUGACCGCUGGAGAAAUAAGAAGAAACUCCCUUUCUGGAAUGACACUUACUGUGAUAUGAUCAAUGGCACAGAUGGAAGUUCAUUUCCACCAUUUGUUCAUAAUGAGAAGAAAAUUUAUUUUUUCUCUUCUGACAUUUGCAGAUCCAUCUAUGCAGAAUAUGAACAAAAGAAAUCACUAAAAGGCAUUCGUGUCCAUCGUUUUGUUAUCCCUGCUAUGGCUCUUGCAUCCAAUGUUGAGAAUCCUGACAAUCACUGUUAUUGCAAAGACAUGAUGAUUACAAAAAACUGUACUUUUGCAGGAAUCCUGGGGAUUAGCUCCUGCAAAGAGGGAAAACCAAUUUAUAUUUCACUCCCUCACUUCCUGUAUGCUAGUGAUGAACUUGUGAACUCAAUAGAUGGGAUGAGACCCAACAAAGAGGAACAUGAAACUUUUCUUGAUGUGGAACCUGUUACUGGAUUUUCCUUGAGAAUUGCUAAGCGUAUACAAAUCAACUUAAUGUUUAAACCUUCAGAGAAAAUUGAAAUAUUACAUAAAAUUAAGGAGCCAACAUAUUUUCCACUGGUCUGGCUUAACGAGACAGCCACUAUUGAUGAUGAAACUGCAAGGAGGUUCAGGGUAUCUUUAGUAAUACCCAUGACAGCACUUGGAAUUGUGCAGCUAACCUUGAUAUGCGUUGGAAGUCUGUUUUCUAUUUCAUGUGCAAUUGCUCUUUGUAUGACUUCAAGGAGCAAAUAA